AUUCAAAUGCUAUUCAAAAGUCUCGAAAAGUUUUAUUACCAUUUAGAAUUAUAAUCUCAAUUAUAAAGAAGCUUAAAGAUCGUUUAUCGUUCAAUUUAGACAAAUAUCUUCAAAAGAGGUUACGAAUAACUGUAUAUGUGAUGGAUGAUACAAAAGAGAUCAUGUCUGAUAUUUACAAUACUUUAGUGCAAAUACGUUAUCCUAAAAUAACAACAGCGAUUGGCGAAGAUGUACAAGCGACAGUUCUCAGUGGAGAAAAUCGUAUUACCUUGUUAUCUUGGCUCCUAACUGAGAAAUCUCCAAAGGUAGCCAAUACGUUGGAGAAUUUAAAAGGCGCUGCCUUGGAAGCGAAGCUCUCCAAGUACUAUUCUGAAAUUGGGAUCUGUACUAACAGGAACAUCGUGCUGGGAAAGUGUACGCUACGAGAGCAACUUCCUUUCUUAAGACUGUUAUUAGAAUUUAUAAAGUGUGUACACGUUGCAGAGCCAUCUAAUAACGAGGAUAACGUACUUUACAAGUCUGUAGAAGAUAUGAUACAGGAUUGUAUUCUUGAAAAUCCAGGCGACGAAUCGAAACUGAUCCGUUCGGAAUCUUUGCUGGACCUCAAUCUGAAAGAGUACACGACUAAUCUAAAGUCGAAUUCUAAUUACGAAAUUAAAAAGGGAGAAUGCGUGGGAAAUGAAACAAUGGAGAAAGAGGAUGACAAGGGUGACGAAAAAGAAAAUGAUAUAAAUUUGUUGUUUAAUGCGGAGAGAGAGAAGUUUAUAGAAGCUUUUUCAACGAUCGAGUCCUGGCCAAUGUUCAAGGAAAUAAACGAAAAGAAUCAAAAGAAUACUAUGACUUCUAUGGAUGAUGAUAUAAAAGAUAUAUGCUCGAACUUCUCUACUUUAACGCAGUUUCUGCAAACGAAAGAAGAAAUAUAUAACGCGAAUAUACCGAAACAGUUGAGUCAAAUAAACACACCGCUGAAUAAAAUUAUCAAGGAUGUUGUUGUCGAUAUAGAAGAAGCUGUAUACGCGUGUAGUAAUAGUCAUUAAAUUAUUAGCAUACGGUAAUACCUAUAUAUUUGUACUUUUAUGAAAUAGAAAAUAUUAAAUCUACCUGUACAGUA